AUGUUCCCAUUGUCAGAGACCAAUCUUCAGACCGGAUCGCUUUCUGUUCUUCCCCAGCCACAUCACGACACGACAAUGGGAUCUUCUCCGAACAGGCGGGGACGAAACUCGCCCACAAGGCACAAAGUCGUUGGCCCAAUCAACGACAGUUUGCAGGAACCCGUACGUGUACACGAGAAUGAGAAGACAAGAUUGAGCGGGAGAAUCCGCAAUAUUGUCAUCGUGUUGUCUCUCAUAGGCCUCGCGGUUAUUCUCCUCGCUGGAUACUUGUCAGACAAUGCCCUCGGACAUACCCACUACGCACCUCAAUCCCAGUUUGUUGAUUGGGAUGACCGGAGAGAGGAAGUGAAAGAAUCAUUCAUGACAAGUUGGAACGCGUACAAGAAGUAUGCAUGGGGCAACGAUGUGUUCGACCCCAUUUCGAAAAAGGGCGAAAACAUGUCCCCCAAUGGCCUCGGCUGGAUCAUUGUGGAUAGUCUCGACACGAUGAUGCUCAUGAACCUGACCGAGCCCCUCGCCGAUGCACGGAAGUGGCUGCAUCGCAGUCUCACCUGGGACCAAGACCAGGACAUUAACACAUUCGAGACGACGAUCCGCAUGAUGGGCGGAUUGCUUUCAGCUCACUAUCUAUCUACACAGCUGCCACACGUUGCUUCUAGGAGGGACUCGGUCUACUUGUCCAAGGCCGUCGACCUCGCGGACCGGCUCUUGGUAGCGUUCGAGUCCAACUCGGGCAUACCCUAUGCCAGCGUCAACAUUGGGAAGCGAGAAGGAAUCGCUUCCCACGCGGAUGGCGGUGCUUCCUCUACAGCGGAGGCUGCCACCGUCCAGCUCGAAAUGAAAUACCUGUCAUACUUGACGGGGAACGAAAUCUACUGGCAGAAAGCAGAACGUGUCAUGCAAGUACUGGACGAGCAGAAGGCGGAGGCAGGACUGGUGCCCAUAUUCGUACACCCGAGUCACGGACGUUUCACAACGAGAGAGGUACGGUUGGGAAGCCGGGGCGAUUCUUACUACGAGUACCUCAUCAAGCAAUACCUCCAAACAGGUGAGGUCAUCUACCGGGACAUGUGGGAAGACGCUCUGGGCGGUAUCGAGAAGCAUCUCGUCACGACCACACGCAACGCAGCGCUCAAGUUCGUCGCGGAGCUCCCCACGGGAAUUGGAGGGCCCCUUUUACCCAAGAUGGAUCAUCUUGUAUGCUUUCUUCCGGGAACAAUUGCAAUGGCAGCCACGGAGGGACGUACCUUGGCCGAGGCACGCCGCGACCCGGACUGGACCAAACACCAUGAGAACGAUAUCGACCUCGCCAUAGAACUCAUGAACACAUGCUGGGGCAUGUAUGCCGUCACGGAUACCGGCCUUUCUCCCGAGAUCACCUGGUUCAAUGCCUCCGAGGCGGAUCUGCAACCUCGACCUGGCGACAGGUUGUUACGUAGGGAAAGUAGCGGUACGCAACUCUCGGUUUGCCUCGCACAGAUUUUUUUUGGUCAACUGAUUAUAGUCACAGCCCUUUCGAAAUGGAAAAAGGACUACACCAUCAAGCCGCUGGAUGCACACAACCUUCAAAGGCCUGAGACCGUUGAGAGUCUCUUCAUGAUGUACCGCAUCACAGGCAACUCGAUGUACCGAGAGUGGGGCUGGAAAAUCUUCCAAUCGUUCCAGGCACACACUCUUGUACCUGGCAGAGAGGGGUACACGAGUCUCAACGAUGUUCGAACGGUCCUGCCAACGACCAGAGACAACAUGGAGAGUUUUUGGCUGGCCGAAACUCUCAAGUACUUCUACUUGCUGUUCUCGCCCACAGACUACAUGCCGUUGACGGAGAUUGUCUUCAACACCGAAGCCCACCCCUUUCCAAGAUUUUCACCAAGGGGGUCGUUGAAGACGGGCUGGCAGAGAUUGCCACGCUAG